AUGGCCGAACUCACCAAUACGAGGCCAUCUUCAGCUAGCCCUAAUGAUUACAUAUUGAGUUUGACACCAGAGCAAAUCGAACAUGAUCAAAAGAUAGGUGUGAAAGCCAUUCGUUUGUUCUUACAAAGUAAAACAUCAUACGACGUGUUACCAGUCAGUUAUAGAUUGGUAGUGUUGGACACCUCCCUCUUGGUAAAGAAAUCGUUGAAUAUAUUAUUGCAGAACAACAUCGUCAGUGCUCCUUUGUGGAAUAACCAGAAUCUGAGAUUCGCUGGGUUGUUGACGCUGUCAGACUUCAUCAAUGUUAUUCAGUACUACUUCCAGUUUCCCGAGAAGUUUGAGUUGGUGGACCAACUCACCUUGGACGGAUUAAGGGACAUCGAGAAGGCCAUCGGAGUGGAUCCUAUUGAAACCGCAUACAUCCAUCCAUUUAAGUCACUUUACGAAGCAUGUGUCAAGAUGCUCGACUCCAAAGCCAGGAGAAUCCCAUUGAUUGACCAGGAUGAAAAGACCCACCGUGAGAUUGUUGUGUCAGUAUUAACACAAUAUCGUAUCCUCAAGUUCGUCGCCUUGAACUGCAAAGAGACCAAGAUGUUGUUGAAACCAAUAAAGGAUCUCCAAGGCUUGGGAACCAUCAAAGACAUAUCUACAUGUACCAUGAACACGCCGGUGAUCGAGGUCAUUCACCUCUUGGCACACAAGUCGGUGUCUUCGGUGCCGAUUGUGGAUGACCAAGGCAAGCUCAUCAAUGUCUACGAAGCCGUCGACGUGUUGGCGUUGGUCAAGGGUGGCAUGUACACCGACUUAGACUUGAGUGUGGGAGAUGCGCUCUUGAGAAGACCAGAAGACUUUGAAGGUGUGCACACCUGUACCUUGAACGACAGAUUAAGUACUAUCAUGGAUACUAUUAGAAAGUCCCGCUUGCACCGGUUGUUUGUGGUUGAUGACGAAGGUAAGUUGGUUUCGGUGAUCACCUUGAGUGAUAUUUUGAAUUAUAUACUCUUUGGUGAGGAUUAG